AUGCCAAACACCUUUGGCUGUCUCGAGGAGCCUGAAGAGGAGGAAGAGAUUGAAGAGAUCGCAGAUGAUUCUAUGGUGGUAAUUUUACCAGAUGAAAUUGCAGCUCAUAUUGGAGAGAGAACUCACAAUCCACAUCCUUUUGCAAAUUACAUUUACGACAAAUAUAUUCAUGCACAAUCAGAAGGGCUUAGAGUUUAUGUCAUGAAUUUUAUUCUCAAACUCUAUUAUGCAGAAGAAAGAAGGAGAGAUACAUCAAACAAAAGUCUCAUGGAAAAACUCAGUGUACUCCGCCAAGCUAUUGCUCUCAUGAUUUGGAGUCAUAUGAUGGUUGACGAGCAGGGACGUACUUAUGUUAGUGAUUAUCCUGACAAAAAGAUUGUAUAUCACUGGGCUGGAAUACUCGAUGUUAUUGCAAGGGAUUAUGCAUCAAGACACCAGGAAUCCCGUGAAGUUGUUCAUGAACUAUGCAUGUUACGUAACAGGCUCAAGGAUGAAGUCGCACAGGGAAUCUACCCAGAACUUGGAUAUCCUAUUCCAUCUCGUGAAGAAUUUCAAAACUUUAUGGGCAAUCGAAAUUCUCACGUUUGUUAG